AUGUCGCUCUCAAUAUGCGCCGACUGCCUGUCAAGGCUGCGCAUCUCGCAUAACCCCAGGAGCAGCCUUGCGAUUGCCGCGGUGUCUUUGACUCCGGUGUCGUCCUUUCACAGCGCCAGUGUCAUGGCCAAGAACAAUUCCCUAGUGAAGUCGAAGAAGGGGAACAGGGCACCCGAAUCAAAGUACCGAUCGUCGCAAUCUGCCAAAAUGAAGAAGAAGACCAGAGAUCGGCCGAAGCCGCCGCCGAUCGGAGAACGGAGAGCUCAACGACAUCGCAUUGUGCUCAGCAACACCAAUGCCCUCGAGGUGCCGAGCUUGGAGAAUUGGAGCAAGGAGAACAUGACGGCGGAGGAAAAUACAGGACGGAUGCUCGGUCUCGACGGUGCUUUGCUGGACAAGUUGAGAGACUGCAAGGCGUUCAAAACAACUCAGAACUGGAGCUUGUUUCGACGGCCUGCGACGCUCAUCCGGUCCGAGACUAUCCAACUGGGCCAGGAGAUCGAGCAGGUGAACCACAGUCAGGGUAAGAAGACAGUCAGACAUCUGGUGACUGGUGACAAGGCUUCUGGGAAGAGCAUCCUUGGACUCCAGGGGAUGACCAUGGCUUUCAUGAACGAUUGGUUGGUCUUCAACAUUCCCGAAGCUCAAGAGUUCGUCAACAACACAUCCUCCUACGCCCCGCUUAAGCAGAAGGACGAUCAAGCGCAGUCUGAACAACUAUACAUCCAACCUCACCUGACGCAGGCUCUGCUCACCCGCGCCCUGCAUGCGAACGAAUCAUUGCUGAAGACGCUCAAAUUCAACCACGAGUUCCCCAAACAUCUUCCUCUCAAGCAGGGCACAGCCACCCUCAAGGAUCUCGUGCAACUGGGCGCGAGCGACCAUACUUUCGCAUGGCCAGCGUGGCAGGCUCUCUGGCGGGAACUCAGCGAACCGGGUGCGAACUCACGGCCUCGAGUCCUCAUCGCCGUCGAUUCGGUCGACCACUGGAUGGGACCCAGCAAAUACCGCAGUGCCGAUUUCAAAAUCAUCCACGCCCACCAGUUCACGCUUGUCCGUCAGUUUUUGGGCUUGCUGUUCGCAAAGGCGGGUUCGUCUCCGCCACUUGCCAACGGCGGUAUGUUGCUAUAUAGCACCACUGGCUCCAACACACCCGCCUUCCCGAGUUUCGGUCUUUUGCUGAACCAGAUGCGCGCUCGGGCUCAAGGCCUCGAUCCGUCGGCUCCUGGUUUCCCCCUUCCGGCACCGUUUAGCAAGCCAGACACUCAUGUCCUGGAGUUGAUGUCCGGGUUGGGAGAUGUCAACCUUGUGGAGUUGAAGGGGCUCAGUGUCGAAGAGUCCAAAGGGUACAUGGAGUACUUUGUGCGCAGUGGAUUGUUGCAGCGACCGCUUACGGAAAUCUCGCUUGCCGAGUUUAGGGCCCUCGCUGGUGGCGGUGUCGUGGGUGAACUGGCCAAGUUGGGAAGACGGGUGACUGUUUAG